UCUGGGCAGCCAAGGGCCAGCUCAUUCGCUCUCUUUUCCCAGCCUGGGGAGGGCGUAGCGCCUGGGCGGAGAGCUCGCGCCAGCCCAACACGGCCUUGGCCUCCUGACCCAGACAGCCUACGGCGCUAGGGAGUGCGGCCGAGCCCGGGUCCCGCCGUCCCCCGCCUAGGGGCUGCCCGCCAAGAGUUCGAGGCCUCCCUGAUCCGGAUGUGAUGAAAAGGAGCAAAGGAGGGAGAAGUGUGGGAGUGUAGGAGUGGUGCAAGGGGCGAAAGAGAGGCAGAGGGGGGAAAGUCCCCUCGGAGGGGAACUGGCCCGAGUGAGCUGGCCGGGAAGAGGGGGCGGAGUGCGCGGAGUCAGAGGAGCUGCCGCCGUCGUAGUUGCCGCCUCUGCGGCGUCUGGGCUGAACCGGAGGGAGGCGGGAGGGACGCGCAGGGGCGGCCGCCGCCGUCGCCGUCAGGCCACUGGGGCAACAUGCGGCGGGUGCCCGCUCCUCGCUAACUUCCCGGGCGGAAGAGGAGGAGGAGGAGAAAGAGGCUGUGAGCGACUGGGGAUGCCGAGCAGCAGCCGGUUCCCCGCGCGCAGCAGCUCUCGGCCCGCGCUCAGUGCGCCCCGCGGGGCGGCCAGCUAGGCGGCGGCGCGGCGGGCUCCGCGGAGCGCCCAUGUCCGGCGCGGGCGAAGCGCUCGCUCCCCGGCCCGCGGGGCCGCAGCGCACGGCCGAGGCGGGCGGAGGCCGGCCCGGCGCCCCGGCCCAGGGGAAAUGUGAUAAAGACAAUACUGAGAAAGCUACAACUCAAGCUACGAAUAGCCCCUUCACACAUGAAGACGUACAAGACCAGUCCAUAUGGGGUGAUCCUCUGGAUGGUGAACUCAUCAGAACCCAACCUCAGCGCUUGCCUCAGCUUCAAACUUCAGCACAGGAACUGAGCGACGAGGAAAUAGGCAAGAUAAAGAAUGGCCACACAAGUCUGAGCAAUGGAAAUGGAAUUCAGCACGGGGCCACACAUGUCUCCGCAGAUAAUCGCAGACUUUCAGCACCUGUGUCUCAAAAAAUGCAUAGAAAAAUUCAGUCCAGCUUGUCUGUAAACACCGAUAUCAGUAAAAAGAGCAAAGUAAAUGCUGUCUUUUCCCAAAAGACAGGGUCUUCACCUGAAGAUUGUUGCGUCCACUGUAUCCUGGCGUGCUUAUUCUGUGAAUUCCUGACCCUCUGCAAUAUUGUCCUGGGACAAGCUUCGUGUGGCAUCUGCACCUCGGAAGCCUGCUGCUGUUGCUGUGGGGAUGAAAUGGGGGAUGACUGUAACUGCCCUUGCGACAUGGACUGUGGCAUCAUGGAUGCCUGUUGUGAAUCAUCAGACUGUUUGGAAAUCUGUAUGGAAUGCUGUGGAAUCUGUUUUCCUUCAUAAAUAUUUAUCUUUUGUGUCAAAACUGGAGAGUGUUUUAAACUUUUUCUUUUAAGGGGGAAGAAAAGCACAUGGUAAGAUUCUCAUAGAGCAAUGCAGUAUUUGCACUGUUAACUUGUUAUGGUUUCUUCUCCUUGGUAGGUAGUAGAGCUUUUUUUUUUUUAAUUUCGGAAUAUUACAGGGGUACAAAAGUUUGGUUACAUGAAUUGCUUUUGUACAGUUUGAGUCAAAGUUGUAAGUGUGCUCCUCACCCAGAUGGUGUGUAUUAUACCUGUUCAGUGUGAAUUGACCCUCCCCACCUGCUUGCUUAGCAUUGAGUUUCACUACCAGACGUGCACAUGGGUGUUGAUCCUACUAAGACAGCGGUUCUCAACCUGUGGGUCGCGACCCCUUUGCAACAAUGAAAACACAUCGCGGCAUUAGGUAGGUUGAGAAUCACUGUACAUUUAAAAAGCUAAAGAAACCAAAUUUUACAUAUUAAACCAUGUAGAUUUGGUUAAAGAAAAUAGGGUUUCGGGAUUACCUAAGUAACAAUCACGUAAGUGAUUAACUUGUUAUUGCUUAUUCCUUGUUAAGUGAUCUCUAAAAGCCUAUUUUCUUUAACCAAAUCUACAUGGUUUAAUAUGUGAAAUUUUAACUACUUUAGCUUUUUAAACUUCUUAGUAGGUUAUAAUAACUUAGGGGCAUUUUGACCCCACCCCCUUAUUAACUGUCUCCUCUUUUUGACUGAUUCUGUUUCUUCUAAUCAUUUUAGGAGCCCCUUGCUUCAAAUAUAUUAUUCUCAUUGGCUAUUUAAAUGAGACAGUUUAUUUUUGAAUGUUUUUCUAUUGAUGGUUAAAAGUAAUUAUUCUUUACUUUAUAGUACACUUUGCGAGACAUACCCGCACAAUAUUUGGGCCCCCAGAGUUGAUCUCUACACUCCCUUCAAUAGCUUCUUCACUAAUUCAACCCACAUUGAGUGCCUACUAGGCAGACGUUCUCACCCAGACCGUGGAGCUGGACACCAUUCCUCUCCUGUCCACAGAAACAUGCAGUUUACCAGGGGGAAGAGACCUGUGAAGAAUGAACAUAACAUAAGGCACGCUAAAGUGAGCAUUACAAGCAAGAUCAACUCGAAGGCCUGUAGGAAUACACAGAAAACAGCUACUAGAAGACUUAGGAAGGCUUCAAAGUGGAUGUGACAUUGGAGGAAGCUUCUUAGAAUGGGUGAUUCAUAUGAGUUAUUUAGAUUUAGGAUAAAGUUUUAGAUGGACAACCUGAAUUGUUUGUGCCUUUAACCAGUUAAAAGAAAAAUGUCUUGAGUACACUUUUUUUUUUUUUUUUUUAGUGGCAGGAAUACUGCUGUUUUUAAGUGCCACAAUUUAAAUUCACUAAAAAUAUGCAUUUUUGGUGCAUCUUACAAGGGUAUAUGUGAAACUUAGUAAAUGUGGAAUGUAAAUGUCUUAGCACAAUAACUAAGAAAAUGCCAGGAAGGCUAUGUUAACCAUUGUGAUGAAAAUAUGUCAAACGGUCUAUGAAGCUAGUGUAUGAUGCCCCAUGAUCAUGUCUAUGUACACAGCUAUGAUUUAAUAAAAAAAAGAAAGAAAAAAUAUGCAUUUUAUCACACAUAAUUUAAAUGUGAUAAUUUUUGAUGAAAAAUAAUGCCUUAUUAAAAUGGCUAUUUUUUUAUGAGAAAGACUGAAAACUUUUGAUAAAUUGCAUUUAAUUUAGGAGACUUUCUUAAUAUUAAAAUCCCAGCAAUUCUGAUUUGGAUUUAUUCUAAGGAUUUCUUUUAUUUUGAGAGAGGAGUAUUGUUUGUUUGGUUUGCUUCUUACCCAAUGUUAUGUUUUAUACACAUGGUUAAUCUUAAAAGCAAACCAUUUCUUCUAGACAUCCAUCCACCAGUGUUACCAAAUUUUAGUAUUAUAAUUUUCUGUUAAAUUAAACUAAUAUGGCAGCUUAUAAAGAUCCUUAACUAUAAAGAAAGAAGUCAAUUACAAGACUGAUUAUGUAGUUACAGAGACUGGAAACUGCGGCUGAGAAGAAAGGGAGCAUGAAUUUUCAUAUAACGUGCUCUCCUACCUAGUUUGACCUCUCCAAAAUUGUAGUUUGGGUUCAUUUACUACAAAGAGUGCCCCCCAAAAUGUAGACACAUUUUAAGAGGGGAGAAAACUGUACUAAAAUCGUAAUACUCAAGUCACGUUGGACUUCUGCAAUUACAAGACGUGCUCAAAUGUGACUUAUAUUCAUCUUUUGUUAUUGGUACAUUUUGAGCAUCACAAUUUCGAUACUUUUUUCCCCCUUUCUUAAAAUGUGUAUACAUUUCUUACCAUCCUCUUUAUACUUUGGGUAAAUAAUUAUUUUCAGCCGAAUAUCAAAUUGAUAAUAACAAUAAAAGCAUGUAUUUUAGGAAGCCUUUAGCAAGCCUCAACUUUUAAGAGAGAUGUUUAACCAGAAGCAUGAGAACAUUAUCUUUGGUUUUUCCUUUGAAAUUAAGCCAAAUUUCUAGUUUUACCAUUACUUAAAGGGCUUAAGAAAGAAAAAAAGGUUAAAAAAAACUCUUGAAUCUCUCUUUUAGUGCUAUUUACACACACUUACAAAGCCUUUAACUUACUAGAUUAAAAUUGAAUUCUGGUAAACAACUGUCUUCCUUUCCUCCUGUAAGAAAUUUCUUAAUUUGUUACAUCAAAUAAAAGGAGAUCUUUGUAUUAUUUGACAGUAAUCAGAAUCUGAAUAUUUGCAUGUACCCCAAAUUAACUAAUGCUUAUAUAUUAGAAUGUAAGAUAUCUUCCAUGUAUGAACACAUUAAGCCUCCUAAUGACCUGGAAUUGUUAGAAUAUUUAACUUUUUUAUCCUAAGUUUUUCAAGGAAGUGGUUUGUCUUAAUAUUUAAGUAUAUUCUUCUACUAUUUGUGAUGAAAAUAUAACACAUUCGAAAUAAUUUCUUCAUAACAGAGAACAAAACUUGAUAACCAGAUUUUCUUUUCAUAUUUAUAUUCAUAGUACUUUUCCUCUAUUGUCUACUCCAGGUUGUCACUAUAAAGCAUCUUGUAUUGUUUUAAAAAGAAAAGGAAAAGAAAAAGUAAGCAAAUGUGAAAAAGAGUUUCAAUAUAUUUUAAGAUUUCUAUAUGUAAAAUGUUUUGUUGAAUUAUAUGGCCAUAAUGACUAAAUGCUAUAAUUUACAGUUAUAGAUUUAGUCUCCUUUUAAAUGUGGAAAGUUAAUCUUAAAUAUUUCUAAACUGGACCUGUAUUAUUCUGAAUAUAUUAUUUUGAAAUUAAAAAAAUACUUCUGUAUCUUUAUUGUGCUUUAGCAUACUUUAAUAUCUAAUUGAUAAAUCUAUUUAUAUUUGAGUAUAUUCAACAAUAAAAAGAACCCAAGGGUUCUUUUUCUUCCCUGCUACAUUUUUUUCUGAAGAUUUCCUGGUCUCCUUAUGUAAAGCUCAUGACUCAUGCCCAUAAAUGAACAGUGAAUGAUACGGAUCAGUUU